AUGGGUUUGCCAUUUCAGGCACCAGUGACAUUUGAGGAUGUGGCUGUGAACUUCACCCGAGAGAAGUGGAAGUGCCUGGGGCCUACUCUGAGAGCCCUCUACAAGGAUGUAAUGCUGGAGAAUUAUAGGAACCUGGUCUCCCUGGGACAUGAAGUUUCCAAACCCAAUGUGAUCUCCCAAUUGGAGCAAGGAAAAGAGCCCUGGAUGGUGAAGAGAAAAACUCUAGGAAUAAGUGUGAGUCAGAGUUCAGACCUUGUUACACAGCAAAAAGUCCCUAAAGGAGAGAGUGAUGAUAAAUGUGAUACAAGUGGAAAGAGGCUCAAAUAUCAUUCAGACACAAUUAAAUCAAAGAAAAUUCGUUCAGAGAAGAAGCCAUAUGAAUGUAAGGAAUGUGGGAAAGCCUUCAGAUCGUGUGCAGAAUUCACUCAACAUCACAGAAUUCAUACUGGAGAGAAACCCUUUGAAUGUAAGGUAUGUGGAAAAGCCUUCAGAUGGUGUACAGACCUCACUCAACAUCAGAGAGUUCAUACUGGAGAGAAACCCUAUGAAUGUAACAAAUGUGGGAAAACCUUCAGAUGGAGUACAGAUCUCACUCAACAUCAGAGAACUCAUACUGGAGAAAAACCCUACAAAUGUAAUGAAUGUGGCAAAUCCUUUAGUCAAAGUACAAAUCUUACUAGACAUCAGAGAAUACAUACUGGAGAGAAACCCCUUAAAUGCAUUAAAUAGAAACCAUAUGAAUGUAACCAAUGUGGGAAAGCCUUCAGGUGGCAUAUAGAUCUUACUCAACAUCGAAAAAUUCAUACUGGUGAGAAGCCCUAUGAAUGUAAAGACUGUGGGAAAGCCUUCAGUCAGAGCACAAACCUUACUCAACAUCAGAGGAUCCAUAUUGGAAAAAAAAAUUUUAGUAGCCAAAUAAAAAAAUCGUCAGAUGAAGCAUAG